AUGACCAAGGCAAGAGCGGCUCGAGGCAACCAGCCCAUCAAAUCUGAACCUGGCGCCCUCCGCCAUCACAACCCUCACCACCACAACAAUCCCUCUCCCUCUCACUCACCUUCCGUCACCAACACAUACAACGGCUCUCCGGAACAGACCAGAGACCAAGCUAGCUCGUACGCCGCACCUAUCGAUGUCAACCAGUCUUUCCUGCGAUCCGACGCUCCCUCAAUCUCGGUCCGGAACAACCAGGGCCUCAACUCCGUGCAGACGGCGUUGACCAAUCCCACUUUUGACGAGAGCGAGCCGGUUCUUCUGCAAGUCAGAAAUCGAGACAUGGAUCCUCCCGUCGUCACUAUGCAGAACGACUCGUUCCUCGACGGGUCGUUCCGCGACAUCGGCGCCAAGGUCAAGAUUUUUAACGAUACCCUUGGUGAACUCCAGCAGCUCGGCGUCUCUCACGAUGUCGCACUUCCGCAACUCGUCCUGGUCGGCGACCAGUCCGCCGGCAAGUCCAGUCUCAUGUCUGGUCUCGCUGGUCUCAACCUACCGCGAAGCGAAGGCGUCUGCACUCGAUGCCCCAUCCACAUCCGCGUCUCUCGAAGCGGCGCUCGGGACCGUGGUGGACCCGAGUGGUCUUGCCGUGUCUCUCUUCAACAAGACUACGCCUUUCGACCCCCGCCCAACUACAACCUCACAAAAGCUCAUGUCACGGCAGAGAACCCUUUCCCGCCGUGGGUUAAGCAACCACGUGUCGUGAAGGAAUUCAUGACUAUCUACGACCAGUCCGACAUUGACACGGUUCUGAAAUGGGCCCAGAUCGCCAUCUUGAACCACGACCAGAAUCACCAACUUUAUAUUCCUGGUACUGGCGCUAUCACCAAGCAGAGUCUUCUUGACGAUGAGGCUGAGAGAACCUUGGCAAAGUUCAGCCCCAACACCGUCGCCCUCGAGAUCAAAGGACCUGACCUGCCCGACCUGUCUUUCUACGACAUGCCAGGCAUCUUCCGCAACUCGGCCCGAGAGGAGGACGAGUAUCUUGUGUCGGUUGUUGAGAACCUGGCGCGUCAAUACAUCUCGCAUGCCGGUGCCCUCAUCAUCUGGGCCGUGCCGAUGAACGUCGAUCCUGAGACGUCUUCCACGCUGUCUAUUAUCCGCGACCUCCGUGCUCAGGAUCGAACCAUUGGCGUAAUGACCAAGGCCGAUCUUCUGCCCGAAGGCAACUACAACCAAUGGAUUUCGAUGCUGCUCGGUGAGCGCCACAAGAUUGGCCAUGAAUUCUUCAUCACAUCUCGCCCUUCCGACAAGAACUUGGAUGAGCAGCAGCGCUGGGAGGAUGCCCUUUUUCACCAGAAUGGCAGCGAGCGCUGGCCGGAAGACUUCCACGUCUUUCGCCCCCGAAGCGGUGUGGAGAAGCUCAAGACUGCUCUUUCGGAGAAGCUGGGCAAGGAAUUUGCCAAGAACUUGCCUUUUAUCAAGCAAAAGGUUCAGGCACGACUCGGCGAAAUCGAGGGACAACUCAGCACGCUUCCCGAACUGCCCAACAACGUGGAACUGGAGGUCAGAAAGAGUCUCAUGGUUUUUUCCGCCACUGUCAAGGACACACUCCGCGCCAGACAUUUUUCCUCUAACUACGGAUCUCUGUCGGACUGUUUUCGCGAUUGCAUCUUACAGAUGAAGCCCAAGUUCGUCCUGAAGGACAAAUCUGACAUUCCUGUCUUGGAGAUCUCCGACGACGAUGAGGAAGCUGCCAACGUCACUCCCGGAAACAGGAAGCGUAGUGCCAAUGGCCAUGGCCAGACAAGCUCCAAGAGACAACGACCUACCGUCAACGGUGGUUCCUUUUCCGCCGCUAUCAAGACAGAAGACGGUGGCUCGACGCCAUCAACUCCGUCCCGCAGAAGGCCGCCCCCGCCGGCGCCUCUUGUUGGCUCGUUCCAGCAGUACUUCAACUACGGCGCGGGAUUCCGGACGCUGGCUCAAAUUCGUGACGACAUCAGAGCCAAGACCAAGGCCGGCAUGCCUAGCAUCGUUCCCGACGAGGUGUACGAAGAUCUCUGCAAGAAGGCAGUGCGGGACUGGGACAAGCCGAUGGCCACAUUCCUGCAUGAGACUAUGAGCCGACUGCAGAAGAUCGUCGACUACGCGCUUAACCAGGCCUUUGGGUCCCUGAAGAAGCGGCUGAUCUUCAAGGAGUCCAAGGCGCUCAUGAACGAGUUCUUGAAUGUGCGACGGGCGGAGGCCAUGGCCUUUCUCAAGGAGAUUUUCGACAUGGAAACCCACCAGUUGUUCACCGUCAACCGGAAGGCGUUUGAGGACUACGAGCGUUCUGAAAGCCUAGUGCUAACGCGCUAUCGCCAUGUUAUGCGCUGGCAGGCGUUCUCGGGCGAGCAGUCCGACUUCCAUGACUGGGACAAGAUGACACCGGACCAGCGACACAGCGAGGAGAAGAAGCAUAACAGCGAGCUGACCAAGAUGGGAUCCGACCCUUUCGACAAGGAGUUGAAGGUGGCCGCCUAUGUUCGUGGCUACUACAUGCUCUCCGCCCUCCGCUUCGCGGACACGGUCUGUCUGUCCAUCACGUCGCGCAUGAUGCCCAAGAUCGUCCAAGAUCUUGACUUUUUCCUUGAAAAGAAGCUCGGCUUGGCCGGUGGGCACGACGACACGGUCUUUACUCGUCUGAUGGAGGAGGACGAAGACACGGCCCAUAACAGGGAGCGUCUCAAGGGCGAGCUCGAGAAGUUCAAAAAGGCGCUCCAGUCCAUCACCACCAAUGAGCUGGAGGGCGCUUCCGGCUCGUCGUCGCUGGAACAGACGCAGUUCGGCUCGUAUGCCGAGUCCAUGGCCGAUAGUAUGGACAUGGACUCAAUCUGA